GAAACCACUUUUUUACAUCCUUCUUGGUGUAUAAAUUCAGGCACCUCGACCACAGUCAGAUUGUAAGUCUCAGCAGGAGUUCAGAGUCAGCAGCUUACCAGGCUCUGGGAAAGAACCUCCUCUCCAUGCAGGGCUCACUGGAGUGAUCUGAAGACAGGAGCUGACCUCAAGGAGACAGUGAUGGACACAGCAGACUCCACCUCUAAUGAUCCCCUUCUCAGAGACAAAAGGAGGCAAGAUCUCCAAGAGAUGCUGAGAGAAGUGGGCCUGGAAGUUGAGUACUGGCUGCCAAAGCUGCAGGAGCAGCUGGGUGUGACCUGUGCAGAGGCCUUACAACACAUAGAGGAAAAAGACCUGCAGAAGCUAAAAUCCCAGGCACAACAUUCCUGGGAGAAAAGGGCUCUGGAGAAGCUACUUAACUCAAAUAGCCUUUCAAAGUUACAGGAGUCUCAGGUGAAAAUGAUGAAGAAAGAACAGAAGAAGGCCAAACAGGCACUGCAGGAGCUAAGAGACUUGCUAUCACAAGGGAGGCAACGAAAAGAAGAGACAGUGAGGAAAAAAGAGGCAGAGCUGAGGCAGGCAAUGGAGAUUCCCAAAGAGUACUGGCCACCCCCUGAAAAAUCCUUAAGAGAAGUGAUAGAAAACAUGCAGGGACAACUCAACCUCAUGGAGGGCACACUGUCUCACAGGCAAAACCUCCCAGAUAGAGAUCUAGUGAGAUGGGCAUCUGGAGGGCUGGCCCUGCAGGGAAUUUAUAAAACCAGCUACCAAAUAGAGCUUGUACAGAAGAGAGAAGAAUUACUCAGUGUCCCCAAGGAGUUCUCAAUCUUUGGCCCUGAGCAUGGCACACGGAUGGAAACCAGGGAAUUUACAUCUUCUCAAGAAGAAUCCCAGUUCACCCAGAUGACAGAGAAGCUGGGCUUCAGUCUAAUUGCCUCAGCCAAGGGCGGAGGUUGGGGAUUUAGCUUCGAAGCUGGCAUGGACCACAGCAAACAUUCAGAAUCCAAGGAAACGCAACAAUCACGUUCUGAGCACUCCUAUUUCUGCUCUACCAAGUUCAGCUAUAUCCCACUUGCCUCCUGCGCUUUUCCCAUGGAUCAGCUCCAGUUCUCCAAGGCUGCUCUCCAGGAACUGAAAUGCAUUGAUGACCUUCUGAGUCAGUCUGCAGACACAGACAGACUCCCCGUGCUGAGGCGCAGUACUGAAGCUUUCUUCCACAGGUUUGGCUCUCAUGCCAACCAGGGCCCUCUGCACCUGGGAGGAAUCUACUGGUGGAAAGCCGUAUCAGAGGGCUUCCGAAGUGAGCAGCUGGCAGAAGUAAAACAGCAGUCAGCAGAGGCCCUGAAUGGUUACAUAAGAGGCAGCUACAGUGGCUUUGGAGUAAAAGUUGCUGCAGGUGUGGAUGAGUCACACUCUCAUUCAGAAACAUCCAUCCAAAGCACAACAUUCCAAAAUCUCCAAACCAAAGUCCAAUUAUCUGUGGCCCAGACAGGCGGCCCACCAGAAGCAAAUGGCUUUCUCCAAUGGAAAGCUGGCCUAGUUGCCAGUAAUCAAACCUGGAGUGUCAUUGACCGGGGCCUGCAGCUGGUGCCCAUUUGGGACAUCAUCCUCUCCAACCACAGAAGUGAUUUUAAGGAUCCAUGUCAGGUAGCUAGCUUACUGAAGGAUAGCUACACUGCUCUGACUGGCAUCACUGCCCAGAUCCAGGAUGGAGAAGAAUUACUGAGUGCUGAGGAGGAGGCUGGAGUUUCCCUAGAGGAUGUGAAAUCCUGGGAGGUAUCUGAUCCUAAAGAGCAGCUUCAAAAACUGAUAAAUUUCAUGCAAAUAUUGAGUCAAAAAACAAACAGUUAUAACACUUGGGUUAACAAAUGCCUCACAAAUUUGGGUCUGCAGAAUUUUCUGGUAAAAACUGUUAACUUUUGCAAACAGUCUUCCAUUUAUGAAAGAAAAUUUAUUAAAUCUCAGUUGCAUAGCCUUUUGUAUCCUCACAUCUACAGAGUGAAUGACUUUCCUAAGACACGUUCCAUCAUGCAGUGGGUCUUCCAGGCAAAGUCAGUGCAAGAACACAUCAACAUCUCCCAAUUUUCUCAAUUAAAUACAAGCUUAAAGAAAAUCAAGAAUGACCUCAUGGAAGCCAUGGUCAUAUCUAAGUCUGAAGAAACAGAAGCUCAAAGAAAGGCCACUUAUGAGGUUAGUUUGUCUCUUCACUGCUUCUUGAAUUACCUCCAAGAAACAGAGCAGCCAGACACACAGCUCUUGCUACUUUCCAUUGCAGCUGGUGCAGGGUUUCAUGUGGUAAAUAAACAUUUUCAGCAUUUCCUGGGGUGUGAGGAGCUAGACUUCCUAAUGAAUGAAAUGCAAAUGGCCCAACAUAAAUACCAGGAACUCAAAAAAAAUUGCACCUACAGAGCCCAGGCAUUCCUGGUUCUCACAAGUCUGACAGCUACUAUUAGAGUCACAGCUGUUUCUCCAGAGGAGAAAACACAACGCUUGACAUUAAUAAAACAUCACCUGGGAAAAUCUUUGUCAAAAGAAGUUGUCCAUGUCCUCUCCAAACAAGGAGCAGAUUAUGAUUGGGAAAACCUAGAGAAAGACUUGAGAUUGCUCAUUGAUGGUAACUAUGAUGCCACCAUCUCUUCAUUGCAAAUGGAUGAUAUAAGCAAAAACUUGCAAAGUAUUUUCCAUGUAAGGAAACAACCUCAUAAACCACAUGAGAAUGGUGAUAUCAAAGGAGAAGUCAUUAAAGAUACAGCCUUCUUAGAGUUACUCCAGCAUCUAGGCUUAGAACAUUUCUAUCCAAAAAAGAUGAGCAAAACUCACUUCCAUCUGAUCAACAAGACUUCUGUGUACAACAGCCAGCCCAUAUCUGAAAGUGAGCUUCACCAAUGUUUCCUUCAGAAGCUCCAAGUGCUGGAUUAUGAGCUGAGAUACCUGGUCUUCAGAGAUGAUGGAGACACACUGAAUCAAGUCAAUCCAAGUGCCUCAAAUGAGGGCAAUGAGGCUUUUAACCCAUAUAAAUACUUGUUUGAAGAUAGCAAUGCUCCCAAUAUCCCUUCACCCUCUAAACCUAGGCCCCAUAUUCACCCUAUGGAUAUUCAGAUGGCAAUUCUUCACUGUGCAGAUGAUUUUGCUAGACAGUAUAUUUUGUCCAAACUUUCCAUUUGCCAGUUUGCACUUCCUCUUCUCAUACCUAAUCCCUGCACUUCUCAAAUUGAAUUCUCUCUCUGGUCUCUCAGUCAAAUUAGAAGGAGCUGGCAGGAAGCAAGGAAAUCACCGAGAGAGGAGAAGAUCAAUUACAAGAAUAAGCAGAUGUGUCAAGUCUCUACCCCCAUUGUGUCCUUUAUAAGAGUUGGAAAUGGCUUCUCUGCUUCCAAAUCUCAGAUCAUGAACUGUCUUCUCAGUAAACGAAAACAUGAUGCCUUUUUCCACCGACAUUGCAGAGGGAGCACCAAAGACUGUCUCUUGAUGGGGGGAGUGGUGGAAAUCUGCUGGUUCUGCCCUGCAGGGGAAGAUGAUGACAGAUUUUAUAACUGUGUGACCUUCACCAAUCUCCAUGGAGAUGCAAAGAAACAUAAGAAGCAACUCACCUUCCUGCAGGAGGUCUCUUCUCUCAUUGUCGUUCUCAUGUCAACUACUGACGACAAUAAAGAAAACCAAAAAAUUAUUCGUGAUCUGAGUCAGUCACUGAAACCUUUGAUCUAUUUAGUUGAUAACAAAGAGAGAAACAUGGACAAUAAUUCUAGCCAAAAAGUGGUAAUUGGAAUCAGGAACAGAAAUGAAGCAGAAUUAACAGAGGAGCUUGUUUCUACAAUCAGAUGCUUAUUGGAGCUCUCAGACACUACUCUCAGCUUAGAGGACUGUACCCCAAUUGCUCGCAAGCAAGGAUUCCUUAUUGAUGAAGACCAGAGAGACUGCAGGGAAGCCAAAGAAAAGGCAGAGGUCCUGAUAGCUCUAUUGAGAGAAUUUAAUAUAUCUCAGGUAAAGGAAAACUUACUGCCCCUUCAGGGACACCUAUGGCAUCUUUGGUGUAAAAAGGACAAAGAACUCUAUCAUCUAAGAGAAAAAGGGAAUCGAAGCAUUGAACAACAUAAGAGUGAGAUUGAGACAGAAAAACAAAGUAUACGGAGUCAACAGUUGAAAAGAGCCUUUCCUCUCAAUGAAUUAAUGCAGUCUGUCCUUGAAAUUCUCCAAAAUCAUUCAGAAACUCAAACCACACACUACUUUUUACAAUGGAUGAGUGUGUUUCUGGACAACCUGACUGCAGGACACUUGGAAAAACUGAGUGAAAAGAAAAACAAUUUGUGGUCACUGAUACAAACAGAAAAGCAAAAGGCACCAAAGAGCACUGACCUCCAACAUUGGCAAAAAGAGAUAGAAGCUAUCUCCACAGAGAUUAGUGACUGUACAUUGGGAAUUGAGCAACUUCUCAGAGAGGUUGGCCAGAUCUAUGAAGCUCUGGAAGAAGCUUCCCCCACUAAAAAUACCCUUUAUCUCUCCCUUCCCCAGAUCGCUGCAGAUCUGAUGAUAUCUGGUGUUCCCAUUGAGCUGAUGGAUGGGGAUGUUUCAUAUGUGCCUCUAAAGUGGGUGGCAGCUCUUUUUGACAAGGUCUCUGAGAAACUUGGAAACAAACGGCUGUUUGUUCUCUCUGUCCUUGGCCUACAGAGCUCAGGGAAGUCCACUCUGCUGAAUGCACUUUUUGGGCUGCAGUUCACGGUCAGUGCUGGGAGGUGUACCCGGGGGGCCUACAUGCAGCUCCUGAAGGUCGAGGACACUUUCACAGAGGAACUGGGCUUUGACUUUGUGCUUGUUGUGGACACAGGAGGCCUUCGGGCCCCAGAACUCAGCAACAAAUCCAACAAUCAUGACAAUGAGUUGGCAACCUUUGUCAUUGGACUUGGAAACUUGACUCUGAUCAACAUUUUUGGGGAAAAUCCAUCAGAAAUGCAAGAUAUUCUACAAAUAGUUGUCCAAGCCUUUAUGAGGAUGAAACAAGUAAAAAUCUCCCCAAGUUGCCUUUUUGUCCAUCAGAAUGUGGGGGAAGUCACAGCUAAAGACCAAACUAUGGAAGGAAGGAGGCGGUUAGAGCAGAGACUGGAUGAAAUGGCCACAACAGCAGCUGAGCAAGAACAGUGCUCAAAUGUAACCUGCUUUGGUGAUAUCAUUAAAUUUGAUGUCAAUACUAAUGUCUUCUACUUUGCUCACCUCUGGGAUGGCAAUCCCCCAAUGGCCCCUCCCAAUCCUCGCUACAGCCACAAUGUCCAGGAUCUGAAAAGGAGAAUUCUUAUGGCUGCCAAACAGGAGUCUAUGGGAAGCAUCAUGAAGAUAUCAGAUGUGAAAUUGCGAGUUCAAGAUUUGUGGAGAGCCCUGCUGAGUGAGAACUUUAUCUUCAGCUUCAGGAACACCCAAGAGGUUGUGUCCAUGAGCAAAUUGGAAGACAUGUAUCACUCCUGGACCUGGCAGCUGAGGAGUUAUGUGCUAGACUUGCAGAACCAGCUCAUUAACCAGAUUAAAAAUGGGAAAAUCCAGGAACUCAAAGCAAGCACUCUUCAGGCUCCAGUUACAGAAAAAUAUGAAGCCAUCCAGCAAGAACUUGAAAAAUAUUUUAAAGAAGAUCCAGAUAGUGAGAUAAUAAUUCAGUGGAAAGCAAUUUUUGAAACUAAACUAGUAAACCUUAAAGAUUCACUUAUUUUUGAGACUAAAAAAAGAGCCGAGGAACAUAUCUGUUAUAAAAAGAAUCAAGAAAUACUGGAUAACAAAAUGUCAAGUUAUGAAAAGGAAUUAUUGGUAAAAAGUGUAGAAUUGGCUUUAACGCUAAAGGACAAAGUAUUGAGUGAGAAUGAGCUUCAUGUCAGAUUCAAUGACCUUUGGAAAAACUGGGUCUCUGGUGUGUUUUCAACUUUCCCUUCAGUCCCAGAGCCUGAAAUUGAAGUGGAUGGUGAAGGUAUCCUUUUGGAACAUUUUAAAAAGGAGACAAAUAUGUCAAAUAGAGUGAAGGAAAAGUCUAGAAAGGAGUUUGAAGUCAAUUAUGAAGAACAUGUCACAAUGAGCAAAAGGUUUGGUUUAUUAAAAAGGAACAUAGAAGUACAUGAUGAAGAGUCCAUAAAGGAGACUACUGACCACAUUAUUUCAAGAUACACUGAAAAUUUUAAAAACCUUCAGAGGCAACAAUGUGAUUAUGACCCAAGUUAUUUCCAUCAAAUCCUGAACAUAAUAGAGGAGGAGGUGAAAUCUGAAGCCACUAAAGACAGAUACGCUUUUACAAAUAAGUACAAAAUUGACUUAUCUUUGUAUUUAUUCCAAAGAGCAUAUGAGAAUUUUAAGGAGAUGCAUAGGGCAUUCAAAAAAACAAAUGAUCCUGUAAGUUAUUUGGAAAGUAAGAAAGAUGAUUUCCUCAUGGGUUUUAAGAUCUCUUGUCAAGGAGCAACCUCAAUCAAAACAUUUGUUGAAUUUUUGUUGGAAAAACUCACUCCUGCUGUCCACGACACGAUUUCAGAAAAAAUGGCCCCUAAAAUUGCUGGGGACAUGAUAGCUACCUGCCCAGCAUUCAGUGGAAACAGGGCUAACCUGGAGAAACACGUUCUAAUCUCGCUGGCAGAAAAAGAAAAUUUUGAUGAUUACUGGGAGUACAUUCAGAAUCCAAAAUCCUUUUUUAAGAAUUACAUUCAAAACCAUACUAAAAUAUAUUGUUCAAAACAAAAUAAUAAAAUAAAGACUUUUUUAGGAAAAAUUAUACAUAGCAUCAAGAAUGCCAUCCUCUCAGCUAUUCAUGAAUCUACAGCACAAGCCAAAAAUAAAAGCAGCGCUGUGUCUAGGUGGUUGGAUUUGUUCUGUGAUCACCUGGGGAAUAAUUUGAACUUUCCACGAAAAUACUUGGUAAGCAUUCAACACCAGGAGAUAAAAGAUAUUGAGUUACUCAACGAAGCCAUGAGUAAAGCUUUGGAUGAGUUAAUGAUUGUAAUAGAAAAGACACGUUUCAGUAUGCCUGAAGAAGACAUGAUUCUUGAAAUCCAGAGCAUGCUCUCUGAACAUCUCUGUGGCUGCUGGAAACAGUGUCCCUUCUGUGGAGCAAUUUGUACAAACACAAUCCCUAACCAUGACGGAGACCACAGUGUUCCUUUCCACCGUCCUAAAGCUGUUGCUGGAGGCCAAUGGGUUAACACAAAUCAUUUUAACAUUGACUGCUGUACCAGUUUGGUAGCAAGUAAUUAUUCUUUUGUUUUAAAUGGUCAUGAUAUCCCAUUUAAGACCUAUCGACAGGCAGGAGGGGAAUUUGCUAAAUGGAGCAUCACCCCAGACACAUCCACCCAGCCAUACUGGAAAUGGUUUGUCUGUCACUUCAGAUCAAACCUAGAAGAAAAAUAUGAGAAAAAAUUUACAGAUAAAGGUAAAAUCCCGAAUGCAUGGACCAAGAUCACAAAACAAAAUGUGCUUGAUGACUUGAAAAAGCAAUAAUACUCAACUCCUACAAAAGAGUACCAGAAUCUAAACAAGAGUCACAGUACCUGAACAAUCUGAAAAUAUCUCUAUUUCACACUGAGAAACUUUUUAUUUCCAUUUUUCAAAUGAGGAGGCUAAAUAUAAAUCAAUUAACAUUUCAAGCAUUUAAGACAAAGAAGCAUCUAACAGACUGUCAAACUUCAGAGGGAAGGCAGGGGCAGGCCG